ACUUAUUCAGAGACGUACAUACAUAACCUACAACCAAAACAAACUAUAAUGAUUUUUAUUAUUUUAAAAGUAUAAACAUUUGCUAUCAAAUUUUCUAAACAUGUUAGCUAUUACCCGUGCAAUCGCUACUUCAAGUACGAAAUCAUCUCAAUUUAGAUAUACCAUUGUACAAGGAAGGAAUAAAAGUAAAACACACUGGGCUGUACUAAAAAGAAAAACCAGUGCAAAAUAUAAAGCACAAAACCAUUUCGACGAUUUCUAUGGAUCUGUAUUUGGAAAAAAAUGGGAACCUAUAAAAAAAGCAAUGCUACGGCGACCUAAAUAUGUAGCUGUUGUGAACAACUACGGCGAUACUGAAGAAACAGCUGAAUAUCUUACAAAUAGAGGUGCACACUGUCUCAAAAAUCUCAUGUCAAUUCAACAAGAAUUCAACACCCAAUACAAUCCAACACCUGAAGCAGCUACAAGUGCUGAACCUGACGAUAAACUGCAGUCCUAUAUAAAUAAAGUACAAUCAGAUGAUAUUGCCGACAUAUACCCACAGACAGGAGAGUUACCUGACAAGUUGGAUCAUGGCAAUUUAAUAUUAAAUUCUACAGAAUAUUUGUUGACAAAUAAAGUAGAUGUGCAAGCACAGAAUAAUUCUAUAAACAUAUCAACACCAAAGUCCCCAAUUGAUGAGUCUCGUAUCAUAGACCCAUCUUUAGGUAUGUCUACUGCUGAAGCUCUCUACCAGUACAUACCAGCCACUAAGCUCAAAGGCAUGGAUGAUUGGCUACCAGAAUCAUUACAUUACUCAUUUGUGUCAACUAAUAAAGAUUUUCCGCUGGUGAUAGAUGAAGAAACAGAAUUUAAAUUUCCUGAACAUUUGAAAGUGUACACCUAUGAAAUGGAAAGUGAAUUCACCAUGUUUCCAGAACCAAGAAGAUGUAAAACAGGUGUUAUGAACUACUACCCGCUAGACUGUGGCAGUGUGCUGGCUGUUUUGGCUUUGUGCUUAUCACCCGGAGACCGCGUGCUGGAUCUUUGCUCGGCGCCCGGGGGCAAAGCCCUGAUCGCUCUGCAGACUCUCUUGCCAGAUAUCGUCAUCUGCAACGACCCUUCUAUAUCACGCUCAAACAGGACAAUGAGGACUUUCAAUGAUUACCUAACAGACUUUAAAACAAGUAACAAGUGGCAAGAGCGAGUGCUAUUCACGAGGAGAGAUGGAAGAGAGUUCACAGAUGACCAUGGAUUUGACAAGGUUUUAGUGGACGUUCCUUGUACUACAGAUCGUAUCUCCAUGAACGAAAACGAGAAUAACAUUUUCAGGCCGGAUCGUAUCAAAGAAAGGCUGCGACUGCCCGAGCUUCAAUCACAGUUAUUGGUGAACGCGUUACGUUUAGUGCGUGUGGGUGGGGCGGUGGUGUACUCUACUUGUUCCCUGAGCCCCAUACAGAAUGACGGCGUGGUGCACGUCGCACUCAAACGCGCCUUCGAAGACCACGGGGUGUUGGCCAGCGUUAGGGAUUUAUCGGCGUGUAUGGCAAGUUUGAGCAGUACAGUAGAGCUAGCGAGAGGUAAUACGGCGCCGCAGUAUGGACAGCUGGUGACGCCCUCUAUAGCGGCUAACUUCGGACCAUCGUACGUAUCGCGAUUAGUCAGACUCAAGUAGAUACUUUAAUAUAAAGUAGAUUAUUAUUUAGAAUAUACUAUCUACCUUGCAUUACGUGCAGAAUGUUGGUAUUCUUUUCACAUGUUAUCUCAUAAUCUUUGAAAUUUAUUGUUAAACCAAUUGUUAAUGAAAAUUAUUACAUAUUGUUUAUGCCACAUCAGUACAUAUGCAAAUACUAAGUUUACUUAAAUAUAAAAUAAUAUUAAGUAUUGAUUAGUCAAAAAUAUGAGUUAAACAUAUAUGUAUAGAUAAAAAUUGUAACUAUUUGUGAUAAUAUUACUAAGUAACAACAAUAGCUAAUUUAAAUAUGUAAUAAAUUUUAUAAUA